AUGGGUCUCCUCAAAGCUCAGGAUGGUACUUCCGACCCCAUCAUCACCCGCAUGGUGGAGCAGGACAAGGUGCGAUGGUGGAAGAAACCGAAUCUGCGCAUCAUGUACAUCUGGCUCUUCUGCUGCUGCAUGGGUGUUGAGAUUACCUCUGGUUUCGACUCUCAGCUUAUCGGCACACUUCAGUUUUCCGUUCCAUUCAACACAUAUUUCGGAGAAGGCUACAAGGACUCAGAUGGCGAAGCCAGCAUCGAACCCAAAAUCAUCGGUUUUAUGUCCUCAUGCUACCAGCUCGGUUCCAUUCUUGCAGUUCCGGUCGCACCCUGGUUGAGCCAAAAGUACGGUAGACGCAUGUCUAUCUUCGUUGGUUCCGUCAUUAUGGUCAUCGGCGCUUUGUUGCAAGGUUUUGCUCAGCACAUUGGGAUGUACAUCAUCGCACGUAUGCUGCUUGGUUUCGGUAUCCUCUUCGCCAUCGUCUCCGGUUCUUCCCUGAUCGGAGAGUUGGCUUACCCCAAGGAACGCCCAUUCAUGACCUCGCUCUUCAACGCAUCUUACUUCAUCGGAUCCAUCCUUGCCGCUGCCAUCUCAAUCAAGACAACGGAGAUGGUUGGAAACUGGGGCUGGCGAGCACCAUCUCUGCUGCAGAUCUGCCCGUCCAUCCUCCAGAUUUGUACUGUUUUCUUGCUGCCUGAGAGCCCACGUUGGCUUGUCAGCCGUGAUCGCGACGAUGAAGCUUUCGCCGUUUUGACCAAAUACCAUGCCGAAGGCGACGCUAACUCCAUCCUCGUACAAGCCGAGAUGGCCCAGAUCCGAUCCACAAUCAAACUCGAGAUGGAGAACUCAAGCCGCUCGUGGAUGGACAUGGUUCGUACACCUGGUAUGCGACGCCGUGUCUUCAUCUCUUGCUUCCUCGGUCUCUUCACCCAGAUGAGCGGAAACACUUUAAUCUCGUACUACCAAAAUCUUCUAUUCAAGAUGAUGGGAUACACCACCAAGUACGCCAAGACGCGCAUCAACAUUGCCAACCAAUGCUGGAGUUUGAUCAACGGUGUCACUAUCGCUCUCAUCGUCACUCGAUUCCGCCGUCGCUGGAUGUUCAUGCUUUCCGCUGGAUCCAUGACCAUGGUCUUCAUGGCCAUGACCAUAGCUUUCCAGCGUCUCCAAGUCGCCGAUGCCAACGGCACCAAGAACCAGGCUGCGCAAAUCGCCUCGCUCGUCUUCUUCUUCGCAUACUCGCCCUGCUACAACAUCGGUAACAACUCGCUCACAUACACCUACCUCGUCGAACUCUUCCCCUACGCCCAGCGUACCAUGGGUAUCGGUGUCGAGCAAAUGUUCGGCAAGCUCGCCGGAUUCUUCUCUGUCUACGUCAACCCUAUCGCUCUUGACGCGAUUCAGUGGAAGUACUUCGCUAUCUACUGCGGAUGGAUUACAUUCGAGUUCUGCUUCGUGUACCUCAUGUACCCUGAGACGUACAACCGCACGCUCGAGGAGCUUGCUUUCCUGUUCGAAGACAAGGAGUUUGCCGACGAGGCUGUCAGGGCUGUCGAGAAGACCGUCAACCACGGCCACGACGACGGAACGGUUACCGAGCACGGCAAGAUGGAGACUACUACCAUCGAGCGCACUGCUUAG